AUGGGAAGCACAGAAACAACAUCCUCAUCGACCUUACGGGUUGCGGUUGCGCAGUAUGAACCAGAAUGGCUCGACCUGCAAGGAUCCGUGAAGAAGACAUGUUCGAUCAUCACCGAAGCAGCGAAAAGAGGUGCUAAGAUACUCGCAUUUCCCGAAUGCUGGAUAACAGGAUAUCCAGCGUACAUCUGGGCACGACCAUUGGAUCCAGUAUUGACGACAAAGUACAUCCAGAACUCCUUGGCCGUUGAUUCGGAUGAGAUGCGCACGAUCCAGAAAUGUGCAGCGGCCAAUGGAAUCGUGGUCUCACUGGGAUUUUCGGAAAAUGAUCAUAAUUCAGUCUACAUUGCUCAAGCCCUGAUAGAUUCGGAUGGUAAAAUCCUGAUGACCCGACGCAAGCUCAAACCUACACAUAUGGAGCGCACCAUCUUUGGUGACAGCUCUGGAAACAGUUUGAUCAAUGUAGCAUCAACGAAGCUCGGGAAGAGAGUUGGGUCUCUCGCCUGUUGGGAGCAUUGCCAGCCACUGUUGAAGUAUCACACCGCCACACAGCGUGAGGAUAUUCAUGUUGCCGGAUGGCCACCAUUGUCGCCUCAUGCUGGACCUGAACUGUUCUCCAUGUCUAAAGAAGGUUGUCUCUGUCUUUCUCAAACAUACGCGAUUGAAACCCAGACAUUUGUCCUGCAUUCAACGACUGUCAUUGGCCAAAAGGGGAUCGAUGCAAUGUCUACUGCAGGAGCGAUAUUGAUGUCAAGUCCUGGAGGUGGAUACUCGGCUGUCGUUGGACCGGACGGUCGUUUAUUGUCGGAAUACCUGGAGCCCACGGAAGAAGGGCUAGUGAUCGCUGAUAUCGACACGAACAUGACCAUCAUGGCACGCAGCUUCCUUGACAUUGUUGGUCAUUACAGCCGACCAGAUCUCCUUUGGCUCGGUUGUGAUACCAGAGAAAAGAAACAUAAGCUUGAAAAAAGAACAAAGCCAGAAGAGCCAGCUGAAGAUGAAGAAAACCAAUACCGGUUUAUUGGCCAGGAUAAGGUCAGAUGGAAGAAAUCUCCAUGGUCGCACAAGCCGGAUGAAGCUGUUGAGAAUGGAGCGACAGGAGGUCAGGCAGCCACAAAAGUCGCGAAGCGCGAUACCAAUCGAACUGCAUCUGAUCAUCCUUUGGAGUCAGUGACUUCCUCCCACGGUCUUCCACAUGACGCUGAAGUGCCCGAUCUGUUCGGGAGACAGCUAUUCAGCAUCUUGAAACUUGAGGAUUGUAAUGUGGGUAGCCUCGAGGAUAUGGCAAAUCUCAACUCCGAGACUUGUGUGCAGUUCUUGAACCAUUAUCAAGACAUGUCUGAAACUAGUCCAUUUGCGUUGCGACUCAGAACGACCGAUGUCCACGCGCUAUUAUCCAAUUCUCCAAUGCUACUGCUCUCAAUCAUAUUGACAGCCAGUAGUAGUAAUGCAAACUUACAAAAGCAAGCCGAUCGAGCUUUUUUGCAGGUAUUUGCUGACAAGGUUAUCGUUCAAGGUCAAAAAGCAAUGGAGAUCUUCCAAAGUCUCUUGACAUAUUUGAACUGGUAUCAUCUAAGGUUCGAUGCUCAGAAGCAGCAAUUUUACCAAUUUAUGCAAUUGGCAAAUGGGAUGGCAUCAGAUCUCUUGUUGCCAAGGGUCCUGUCGAAUUCUUCUGAAGAUUCCAUAUUGACGGUUCAACUCAUUGACCAGGCUCGAGCAUUGCUUCAGUGCUACUAUCUGAAUGUGGCAAGUGCUCUUGGCUUCGAUCGUUGCGAGACCAUGCAGUGCCCUUCAAGCCUGAAAGCAGCCGCUCAGGUAUUGGCUAGAGCAAAAGAAUGGCCCUUGGAUCAAGCUGCUCCAUCUAUGCUUGAAUUGAUGAACAUUGCAUGUUGUCACCAAAAAGACAUGAAAGAGCCCAAAGGUGACAGCCAGUGCCUUGAGAGUCUUGAGAGUCUGCGAGAGACAUUAUAUGGGUGGACGAUGUCGACUACAUCUGCCUCAUCGGGAACAAUGUUAGCUCCGACAUAUCACUUCAUCGUCGCAUAUACCUUUCUCAAGUCAAAGAGUCUCAGGCAACCUGGUUCUCCUGCGUUGAAAGUUGGACUGGAAGCAUGUCAGGCAGUCCUGUUCAAGAUUCUCGAAAAGGGGUCUUGCCAUCUCGUGAAGUUGAGCAUCGUGGAGUGGGCCCAUCUAAUCACCACCCUCUUCAUUCUUCCCUGGCUCGAAAUCUCCGCCAUCGUUGACCACCCGAUCGAUUCUACUAGGCCAGCUACCCCAUUAACUCUUUACUUUGUUUCCAUUUUUCGAUUGCAGCUCUCAGAUCUGAAGCUUUUAUCGGAGAGUGAGACGGUGCUCAAGGCGGAGAUAUUAUCAGGGUGGUUGGAAACGAUCCUUGCGGCCGUCGAGACGCGAGCAAGGGCCCUAGCCGACAGGUUUCGAAACCGGAGUGAUGACGAAGAAACCGCUUUCGAAUUAGUCAACUCAUUUCUGAAGAAGGAGAUGGUUGGACUGCCCGAAUCCCUUGAUGUUACCCAUAAGGCCGAACAAGGCAGGAGUAGAGAGGACUCAUGGAUCGAGUUCAUGUCUGAUUGGCUAGAUUGGUAG